UGGUGUUUUAGUGGGUGACGUGGUGCUGCAGCAACGCACACACACGCACGAUGCGACCCUUUGCAACAAUAACAAACCGGCGUCGCGACGCCAUUGGUCGAGCGACACGUGCCUCCCGUCGCGGGAUAUUUUUCCGCUCAACGUCGCGCGCGCCAAGGGUCGCAACGUGUCGUGUUUUUCCCGUUUUUUCGAUCGCCCUGUACGUAUUUAUUUUUGAAGACCCGACGGCCGACGUCCCGCCGGCCCGCGGGGGACGCUGGGAAACUCAAAAUUCAAAAAGAAAAACGAUGGUAGCAGCGUGACGCGCCACCACCAGCAGCAUGACGCAGUCGCACUACUCCCUGAGAUGGAACAACCAUCAGUCCCACAUCUUGGCCGCGUUCGAUGCUCUCCUCCAAUCGGAAACCCUAGUGGACGUGACGCUGGUGUGCGCGGAGACCUCUGUCCGAGCCCAUAAGGUAGUUUUGAGCGCCUGUUCGCCGUUCUUCCAGCGUGUCUUCUCGGAGAACCCCUGCAAGCACCCCGUCAUCGUGCUGAAAGACUUCAGCGGUUGGGAGGUCCAAGCGAUAGUCGAUUUCAUGUACAAGGGCGAGAUCAGCGUAGUACAAGAGCAGCUGCAGAGCCUGAUCAAGGCUGCGGAGAGUCUCCAGGUUAGAGGGUUGGCGAACCAGGACCCGUUCGGGGUCGACAAGGAGUCGACGAGUAUCAUCAACCAAACGCCGACCCCGUCGAACUCUCCGAACGACUUCGAAAGGGGUUACAUAUCGAACGGGAAGUUUCCGACCCCGGGGGUGACAAUUCGUACUCCUGGCGAACGAAUCUCGCCUUUCUCGCCUAUCCAGAACAACUACGAACCGCCGGUGAAGCUACCUCACAUGCCCAGACUGACGUUCCAAGAGACGCUGAUGCCGAGACAAGACUGUCAGUCUCCUAUGCCGAGGAGGAAACAGGCGAGACCACGUAGGAGAUCGGGAGAGUUGUGCGGCGCCCAAGACCUCACCACCAAUCAGACGAAGCAACCGCUUUCUCCGCCAGGAGAAGAAACGGCGGAGAACCUCUGCAUCAAGAAGAAGGAAGAGAAGGUGAAGGAGGAGAGGAAGUCGUGCACGCCUGAACCUCCGGAGAUGGACUUGAGCACGCAUAGCAGCGGUAAAGAUUUUCGGGGCUCCCCUAUCGCCGCCACCCAACCCGGUCUCAGUUUGAAGCAGGAGAUUGACAGUCAGUCGUUGCCGUUCCCGCCUAUGCCUGCGGUAUCGGCACUCGCCAUGACACCUCCGCAUAGUAAGUUUUUCGGCCUCGACUCUCCAUUGGGACUGUUUCCACCCGGAUUGGACGGAUGUAGGAACCCCCUGUUCGACAUGACGGACCCCAGGGCUGCGGUCGACACCCCCAUGUUUAUCAAAAAGAAAAUGGGCAGACCGAAAGGGCAGCACUCGGCACCCCGAGGAGGUCCGCCCCGCUCGUGGACCAACGCCGAACUCACCGAAGCCCUCCAGCACGUGUGGAACAAGAAAAUGACCACCAGCCAAGCGUCCAGGAUAUUCGGCAUACCGUACAACUCGUUACUGAUGUACGUGCGGGGCAAAUACGGCAAGAGCCUCAAGCUAGAACAGCUCAGAAAGGACUGCAUAGGCGGUCCCAACGCGCCCAUGGACAUGCUGUCGAUGGCAGGCAGCAAUAACAACAACAAUUCGAUGAAACCGAUGGAAAGGGAACCGGAACCGAUCCAGCCCAAUACAAGGCCUUCGAGUACGGACCAAGAGCCGAUGCCGCAACCGCCGGUGUUUAACCCCUUCUCGCACAACUUCUAUCCCGAUUUCGGCACGGGAUUUCCCAUCCCGGUUAGUAUGAUCCACCUGCUGCCGCAAAGCGAAAAGAACCGGGUGGAUCACGUCCCCUACGGGCAGACGACGUUACCUGACGACCUCGACUGCAAGGAGAGGGUUAAAGACGGCGAGGAAGAAGGUCAGCAGGAGUUGUUCAGGCCGCAGGCGAUGGCAGUCGACGAUAGGCGCGAGCUGGUGCAGCAAAACGGGCAGGAUUGAGUAUAGACUGCCCUGCGGAGGAUGUUCUUUGGCGAGUAGGCAAAUCGUAUUGUCGUAUUGUCGCGGCUAUCCCCAUCAAUAUCCCGCGACGUUGCCAAAGAGCGUGCUCGGCCGGUGAUAGCGUUAAGUAAAUAGGGGCAAUAUUAGACUAGGUUCUAGGGAAAUUUGUAAAAAAAGAUAUAUAUGCGACGUCUCUGACGACGACUCUUUCGUUGAGUUGUGUUGUUGCGUAACCGAUUACAUAGAUUAAGCUGUCUGUGCUUCCUGGGGUCCCGUGGCGGCGGAGGGUCACCCCCUCCUCCUACAGGAUUUUUCAGAUUAAUUAAACGUCUCAUCCUCGAAAGGGUCGAGCCGGAACGGAGUUGUGUAAAUGAAAUUCGUUCGGAAUUAAUUUCUAUAAGACUGAUAUAUAUCAUAUUGCCAAUAUGUUCCGAUGUAAACGAGACGAUGACGGGAAAGAUAGAGAGAAAAAAAGAGAGAGAGAGAGAGAGAGGCGACAAUUUUAUUUUUUACCGAUGUCACUAUAUACAGUUCCUCAGAUAUAUACAGAUUUUUUACCGAGAUAUUUACUCGUUAUUCUAUAUACAAAACGGAUUUUGUUGUUAACGACAAACCUAAGAUGCGCGCGCACGCGCGCGCAUGUCACACAAUAAAUUCCACAUCUGCGAUAUUAGGAUUUUCUAAAACGCGACUACAGUUUGUACAGUAUACAGUUUAUUAACGGUAAUUAUUGUCGAUACCGCUUUUCCGUUUCUCGACGACAGAUUUUAUAUUUUCUUAAACGCCGUGUUAUACAUGUUUCCUAAUUUUCCACCAUAUUUUUAUACCUCCACGAUACAAUAGCGAUACCGAUAUAGGUUAUAAUUAUAGAUAAACUAUCCAGUUGUUGACUGACGUCACGGGCGACGCGUCUGGAAGAAAAAUCGCGUACUUUCCUCUCACUUGGAGUUU